UAUAUAUAUAUAAAUUGGUUCUAGUGGAUACUUUUUUUGCAUUAUGAAAACCGCUAAUUGUUCGUGGAAGUGAAGCGGUCUAAAUAAUCGUUUAAUAUAUUGAGAAAGAAUGUAUGGUUCGGUUUUCUUUGACGAGGAUUUUCUUGUCAAAAAGCUUUAUCGAUCUUUGAAGAAGAAGUGGAUCGAAGAAACGAAUUGAUUUAAACUAUUUAUUUGAAAAAUUGUGAAAAUCGCGAUCGUGUUUCGAAUUUUGAACAUAAAUUGAGGAUACCGAAAACGAAGAUCAAUGGGGACAAUUAUUGCGGGAAUACGAUGAAACGAGAGCAAGAAGAAAGUGAAAUUGUAUACUAAAUAAACUUCGAUUCGAUGAUUUUCGGGGAAAAAUCUAUAAUCUAAUUUCAUUUCUUCUUUAUAUAAUAAUAAAUAAAAAAAAGAUAAUAAUUUUAAUGUAUGUAACGAAGAGACGAAUGGUAAAAGAAAGUGAAGUUGUAUCAAAUUAGAAAAUAAAACUUCAGAAAAUACGUUAAAUUUAAAAAAAAAUCCAAUAUUAAUUUUUCUUAAAGGACAAAACAUCGGUGAAAAGUGCAUUGACAUCGAAUUAUCGAGCGCGUCGAUCAUUCCAUCUUCCGAUGGAGUCGAAUAGUUAUCAAAAUCAUCCCUUCUCCAUAUCGAAGAUUUAUAGCUGUGAUCUAUCCAGGGGUUGCGAAUUAUGGAGCACGGAAGAAACAUUCCCAACGAUGUGUCCUUUGCCAAAUUACUAUAGCUUGGUACCGGAUAUAUUAAAUCCGAGAAGUAUACCCCUAUCAUGGGAUCUUCCCAUAAUAAGAUACAAACCACAACCACGUUAUGAAAAACCACCAUAUUCGUACAUCGCUCUAAUAGCCAUGGCUAUUAAUUCUUCGCCUAAACAGAGACUAACCCUCUCCGGCAUUUAUAGAUUCAUCAUGGACAGAUUUCCUUAUUAUAGAGAAAAUCGUCAAGGAUGGCAAAAUAGUAUAAGACAUAACCUAAGUUUGAACGAUUGUUUUGUGAAGAUACCAAGAGACAAGGUGGUUGGGAGUGAUAACACUGAAGAUCAGGCUGGAAAAGGGAGUUAUUGGACUUUAGAUCCUUCGGCGAGCGAAAUGUUUGAGCAUGGUAAUUAUAGAAGAAGAAGAAUGAGAAGGCAGAAAGGAUUUAUACAGGAUAAACAGAUGGAACAAGAUCGCACGAUGGUCUCGGUUUCGUCGGAAAUUUUUUCCAAUUUGAAAUGCAAAGAAAAAAAUGAACAAGAGUGUAAAACAGUUGAUACGAAGAACACUGAGGAGAAUACACGAAAUAGUAAAAUAAUAUACACAGAAGCUCAAGGACAUUGUGUAAAAUCGAUGAUGUUCACAAUCGAAAAUAUUUUACGAAAAUCCACGAAUAAAGCUCCAGUUUAAAUAUUUGAAUAUGAAUUAUUUGUACUUAAGAUUUUAAAACGAAUAAUCAAUAUCAUUAUAUUUUAUAAUUUGUUCAAUGUAUUGUAAAGCAAAAAAUAGACUAUAUUAUUGAAAACACUUGUAUAGAAUAUAAAAUGAAUACUGUUUAUUAUAAAAA